AUGAACUUCGAUUCCAAAUCUGUGGCUUCGAGCUCAACGGGGUCGGGCUCCAGCCGAAUGUACCAAAAGAAGGAUCGUGGCCCUAUCGCCGCCAUAGCAUGUUCGACUUGUCGUACUAGGAAGCAGAAAUGCGACGAACGCAAGCCAACCUGUGGCUUCUGCGAAAAGAAGGGGCUUGACUGCUUCUACGGAGACCCAGUACCAACGAAAAAAGACAAAAGCUUGGUUGAACUACUCGAAAUCGUGAAAAACAUCAACGACAAUACCAGUCAAAUACCGCAACUGUUCGCCCAGCUCCAGAACAUGCAGAUCAGCGUCCCGUCUUCUUCACAGUCUGAAGAUAGUGGCGAUGACGCUUCAUCGACAAGUACUUUGAAGGCCCAAGGCCGGCCUACCCCGAAACCCUCGCAGCAGGUUCCAUACCGAUAUGCGUCUGCAGUCACCAAGAUGAUGGCGUGGCCUGCAGUGAGACAGAAGCUAGAAGACGUCCAGCCCAAAAUACCGAACCUCCAAUCCGCCUUCCGGGAACCCGACUUUCCGUCCGAGUUGUUCCAUCAGCAAGGCCAAGACCGGCGCCUUCCUCGAGGCGGGUUAGAAACGGCGAGCUAUCAUGAACGUAUAUCGCUGGGCUUUCCAAUGGAAGGGCCACUACCACAGCUGACGGUGAUGAGCUACGCAACGCUUGUAGACCGCGUCAACACGUAUUUCGAUACCUUUAAUCGGAUCCAUCCUGUUCUAGAUCGUCAAUAUUUCAUGGAGAAGAUACUACAGGACGUCAUCGGGAGCGAGUUCGAGGAAAAUGCGGCAUCUACGUUGGUGUGUCUAGUGUUGGCCCUUGCCGAGGUAGCUCUCGUCGGAGGAUCGGGCGGUGCCUUUGCGGGCUUCGAGGACCACCCUGUCGGUGAACCUGUCAGGACGACAAACGACUUGGAAUUCCGGCCGCCGGGCAUUCUGUUCUUCAACGAAGCACGGCGGCGCUUGGGAUUCUCAAUGACAGAGUGUGCUUUGGAGAAUGUCCAGAUGUAUAUCUUGGCGGGGCUGUACUAUGAGUGCUGUUCUCGGCAUGUGGAGUUCUGGAGAAUGAACAUAUCGGCGUCCCUGGCUUGCCGUGCCUUGAUUACCAGUAACUCUGCCGAACUUCGCUCAGUGCGCGGCGAUCAGAUCCGCCGCGCCUUUUGGUAUUGCUCCAUCAUGGAAACCGGUCUUCACCUGGAACUUGACCUCCCUUUAACCGGCCUCGAGAAGCUAGAGGCGAGCAUGCAACUACCAACAUUUUCGGCCUAUGCUCAUACCGAAGAUGCGAGUUUGAGUCAAAGUAUUCACAACGACAGGAGAUCCAAUUGCGGUGAGAUAUUCCUACAUCAGAUUUCAUUGCGAAACCUGGGGGUCAAGAUCCACAAAAGCCUGAGAAGAAUUCUUGGAGGAUCCACUUCGAGAUCAAACUGGAAUUCGCCUGAUCUAGCCGACUCUCUCGAAGAUCUAGUUGGUGAUUUGGCUUCGCAGCUCGACCAAUGGCACACUUCUUUGCCCAGCGUCUUGCAUUGGGACAGGACGCAACAUUUGGACGCAUUCCAAGCAUCCUUUCCUGUCCUCGAUCCGCAGGUUCCUGACCAGCACUUUUACGCACCGCCGACCUUGUACACCGCCGACGCCAUGGAAGGGUUGCAGUCUGCUCCCAUGCUGGGGUAUCUACAUGAUUCACUCUACACCAAUUCGAACGAUGUGCUCGAAGCUAUACUACGGUCCCAAUUCUACCAUCUCGAAUACUUACUAUUCCGACCUUUUGUGUACAAAGCUCUGCAUACACGAGCAGAAAAUUUGACUGAGACAGACUUGUCCGCAACCAAGAGAUUUUUAGAGGCUUGUCUCCUCUGGCCCAUUAUCCUUCCGCCUGCCGCUCAGCACAAACGCAUGAUUCCUUGCCUCUACUUUUGGUCCCAAAACAUCCUCGGCAUACUCAUCUUCUUGCACCUAUCUGCCACGCAUCCCACUCUCUUCCAGAUUCGACAGAGCCGUUGCGACUCAACUUUCGACGAGGCAGCGAACAUGACGAUUACGCAGGGUAUCAACUGGCUUCGGGGCCUCAAGGAUGAGGACAGCUCUACACGGUGGUGUUGGACCAUUGUUCAGGGCUUAUAUCCUGACAGACCCAUCAUGCAGCAGUAG